AUGGGACGAAAGAGCUGGGCCGACGACGAUAUAUCCCGGUUUUUGACGAAGUUCUUGGAGCCUUUCAAGAACAUUCGACGUUCUAUGCCCCCUGGACAACUUCGUCGCGAGGCCGUCGCUGAUUUCUGGCUCGACCUAUUUGCCCAGUACUUCAGAGAGUUUCCUGUGGAGCCUACAGCAAAUGAGUUAGCUUCGUGCGAUGGCGACCUUCGCAAGGCGUUUGCGCUGAGCUCUGUGGUUGAGCGUACUGCCAAGGAACAGAAGCGCGUCAAGAGCUGGAUGAACUAUCGCUCGAAGGGCAUACCUGGCGGUACUGGUCGUCCACGCGUCCUUGACCUCUCCUCGAGUACGAAGAAGACACGGAAGGCUCCUCAGCUCUGGCAAGCCUUGUCGCGCGUCAAGCUCAAUGACUGGCGCGACGAGUAUACGGCCGACUACAAGAAGUACACCGAAGAGAAGUUGGAGAAGCUCGAGACACCGGUCAAGUCCUUUGUCUACCUACAGCGGUGGAUGUCGGAGCGCCUGAAGCACCUCGACGCCGAGACAGUGAAGCUAGUCCGCGAGUAUCGAGAGCAUGGCUACCUUGAAGACGACGAUGACGGUCCGGACGAAGAUGAUAGCCCAGAGCUGAACCAUGCGAGGAAGAUACAAGACGCACUCAACAACCUUCCUCAUACUUUGCGAGUCGCGCUCGAAAGUCUUGAGCAACAAACUGGAUGGCAUUUUUUUAUCAUCAGUGGAGGGCCGUAUCCGAGUAGAGGAGGGGAGUUGGGUACGCUAUCUCUCAGCGUCGGCAAGACCAUUCAGGGUGCAAAGUUCGAAAACCACUGCCCAGGCUUUCAGUCGAACGUCGUUGACCAAUUCCGCAAGUUCGUAGAACAAUCGUACACUGCAAAGGAAUGCGCGGCCUUAUCUCUUGAAUCAUCGGUCAAGCAGGAGCCAGAUAGCAACGCGUCACUUGAAGUCUCGAACCCCGGCAAAGUCAUAAUCAUCGACGACGACGACGACGACGACACCAGCGAAGAUGGCAAACGCAACUCUGUUGCCACGAAGGCCUCCAGCACGACUCAGCAUCUUGAACCUCGCCCUGUCGCUGAGAAGGUCCCCACUCAGGCGAAUGCCGAAACGUCGGGGGGCAUGGAGUCACCCAUCCCUGAGAAGGCACCUAUUGAGACUGCAAAGGUCCCCGCUCAGACGAGUGGGGAACCAUCCAGGGCCAUGAAAUCGCCCAUCCCGGAGAAGGCAUCUGCAGAGACGACAUCACCACCAUCUUCUCCGCAACAGGAUCUCCCGAGUUCGCCAACGUCAGCGACCCCUUCCACUGCGCGGUCCAUUAGCCCCCCCCCUCCUACGCAGCAGCCAUGCCCUGGCUCCACGUCGCCAACUCCUCCCUCGUUGCAGCCCGAGGACGUUGACCAGGACUUGGCUACAGCAUCGACCCAUCCUGUCGCUUGGUUCAAAGAUUCCAUCAAAUAUCUUCUCGCGCUCAAUGACGGGAAGUCGAACGCCUUCCACGAACUUCUCAUGGCGUACAUUCGUUUCGAAAUCAGUUGUGACGACUUCAACUCUACGGCAGUACUUAAUGCUGCGGGACAACCCAAGGCCGUGAGUCACUGGGUCUCCCGUGCCCGCAAGCUGGCAAAGCCAUCCCCCAUUGGGGGGAGCGCUACGCAUCUUGACCAGUGGUUGCGCUGGUGGGGAAACUUGCAACCCAAUUGGCGCGACACUGAGGCCUGGCCUUUCCCUCGCGAAGUCCCUGGCAGCGACCCUGUCGUCUGGCCGGAGCGGAAGCCUGGGAAGAACGGGAUCUAUAUGGCCGUUCUUUGUCUCGCCUGGUGCCUUACCACCUCUGACCCACUUCCCCCGGACUUUGACGCAGCGUGUGACGACGUCAAGUGGAUGCUUGAGCUGUUCAAGUCGGAGUCCGCGCUUCAGUCCCCGGGCGUGAACGACGAUGCUGGUGCUGCGACUGGCACAAAACGCAAGUCCGCACUUCAAUCCAAGCGCCCUCGAAAGGUCCAGAAGAAGAGUAACAUUGCGAAGUAG